CGGCCACUAAGGUUAUGGUUGUACACCGGCUGUGCUUUUUUAAAUUAUUAUUAUUGAAAGAAGAUUGCAAAAUUACCAAUGCAAUGUGAAUCAAACAUACAAAUAACAACUAUACAUCCAUAAAUGUAGAACAUCUGCAGAUGUGUGAAACACAACCAGCUGUGCUAGCUCUGACUCGAACUAUACAUGACGUCAUCACGCCAUAAUCACAAAUUUGCCGCCUCCUUGUGAAGUGGCAGUUGAGUUGAGGAGGUUGAACUUCUUCCACGGAAAGUGGCUGACUAGAUCCUUUCCUUUCCUACUUGAUUUGCACAAAAAAAACCAAAGUGUGCCAGCCAGAAUGACCUCAUCUCUUGCUUGUAAAGCAGUUCAUGUGUCACCAAGUGGCCAGUACACUUCUGAUCCAGUCAGCGUGAUCGUCAGCCAAAACGACUGUGUUUCCAGCGAGCAAGGCCAGGUUUCUGAAUUCAGCCUGUUAGAAAUGACAGAAGUGGAGUACACACACCUGCAGCACAUCAUUCAGUCUCACAUAGAAGCCCAAGCUGCUGAGCAGGAGGCACCUUCAGAUACCAGGACAAAUUCAGCCAUGUACACUAGUGAGAGCAGGGGAUCCAACCGACAGCCUGGUGAUGCUGAAUACACAUCUAACACGUCACAACCCUCCAGCUCACCUGCAGGCCAGGCCGAUACACAGUCAUCCUCUUGUGAUGUGCAGUUUUCCAUUUCGGGUGCGCCGCAAGAAGGACCCAUGGACAUCCAGGAGAUCAAGAUGGUUUUGGUCAGUGAUCCCAAUGAGGAUGUCAACACUGGGGAGAGGACACCAACCACCUGCGGAGAGGUCCCCGGCUCCGUCCUGGCCAAGGUCAAAUGUGCCAUAGAGGCGUCCAAGGAGCGUGUUGAGACCUGUGAGAACAGAAGCGUCCCUGUGCCCUUGGAAACCAGACCUAAUCCCCCCGCACGGGUUCGCUUGGAGAAAAGAUUCAACUGCAGCCCCUGUGACGUGUCCAGGCAGCAGGACUCUCAGUCAGCAGCUCUUAACACGCUACUGACAAUCCUGCAGCAUUCCACCGAAGCCACUGGGAUAGCCACACACUCACAGACAGACAAGUGGAUCAAGCCCGAACGCAACUCCAACAUUGAAAGCCCCUAUCCAUAUGGAGGGAAUUUCUUCAACCCCAUUGGCACCACUCGUGGUCAUCAGAUUUUCGGAGGGAUGCCACACAUCCAUGAAGGUACUAAGCCGUCAGAGCUGAUCAUCCCCAAGAACCUCCCCUUCAGCUGCAGAGGGACUGACGCCGCUGUCAACCCCCCUUGCUUUGCUCACCCAGACGCCCCAGAGCCCCAAGUGUGUGCCAAGCCUGAAAGUGCUAUCGGGAAGACGUACACUCUGAAGCGGGCGAGGACCCGUGGUGCCCGUGUCAAUGUCCCAGGCAUGGUGCCACAAGCUGCAGACCCGCGUGUGGUGGUUGCGGGCAAGCCUGGCAGGAGGAUGGGCCCUCCCAUGGAGAGCACUCAGCGCAGAGAGCGCCACAACAGCAAGGAACGUGACCGCAGGAGGAGGAUCCGUGUGUGCUGUGAUGAGUUGAAUCUGCUGGUGCCGUUCUGCUCUUCGGAGACGGACAAGGCCACCACGCUGCAGUGGACCACAGCCUUCCUCAAGUACAUCAGGGAGGUCUACGGCGAUUCAAUCAAACAGGACUUUCAAAGCACCUUCUGUGGCAAGACUGGAAUGCGGAUUAAACCCAGCGCUAGUGCCACAACUACAGCCCACCACACUCAACAGGCAGAGAUGGAGGCACAACAGCAAAGCACAUCCUUACAUCAGUGACUGGACACCGCAUACAUCUAGACUUGUCUUAACCCACCACAAUCUAUUCUUGUACGAUCUUAAUUUAUUUGUGUUCCCCAAAAUCUAUACUUGUGUCUUGUCACCAUUAUCAUUUAAACUUUUCGUGUAUAUCAAGUCUCGACUUUUUCUUGUGGAGGAGCAAAAGGGGGAACUGUGAAAUUGUUUGUGGUUUCAUUUGGUGACUAUUAUUUAAAAUAAUAUAUCUGUGUUCUUAUUGUAUGCAAAACAAUGGACUGUGGAUCAAGUUCUUUAAGGGGACAGCUGUUUUUAAAGUCUGUACAUGAUUGUGAGUUGUCCAUAGGGUUUACCUACCUGACUGUAAGUCGUGAUGGAAGAGGAUAACAUUCCUUAGGAGCAGCGAUAGGGGGCAGUACUUCUCCAUAUAAAUUCUCAUUUUGUACCAGUAGCGAUAGAGGAGCUUUUAUAAACAGACUGAUGCAAUUGUUGAUACCAGCAUUGUUAUUGUAAUCAUACUUUUGUCUUUAUUUAUAUACCCACAGAGAAAAUGUAUUUAUAGAAUUUAGUAUAAUAUUUUCCCAGUGGGAGUGCACAUAUUCUGUUGACACACCUCUGCGGUCUGUAAAAAGUUUGCAAUGAUGUGUUUUUAUUUAUAACCACAUGGUGAAACUCUUUUCUAUUUAAGCAGUUGUUCCAGAUUGUUUUAUUUCUUAAUGUUUCAUACAUACAUACGUUUAUUUGUACUUCUGAGUUCACAACUGAAAAACAAAUAAAAUUCCUCUCAUUUGUGAGGCAGACUUGA